UUUCUUGUGUGUUUCUCCCUGUCAAUAAUCCUGAAUCCAGACUCUCUCUAUUUCCAUCCCUCUCUAUCUGUCAAUCAGCGCCGCCUUUGAACUGAAAACCACUCCGACCAACUUCAACUCACUCAAUCCGAGCGGCUCGACUCCUUCUCCGGCUUCCUUUUUCUGCCAAGAUUCCCUUCUUUUUUAGUUUUGUACCAACCGCCAGUGCUUUGGAAAACGCCAAUACAGACCCUAAACUUAAACUCGGAUUUUCUAGAUCACCGAGAUCAAGGGUUUAAAACUUUGUGUUUUGCCCCCCAAAAAAUUUUUGCUCGGGAAAAAUGCCGCAGCUCAACGGCGGUGGAGGGGACGAUCUGGGUGCAAACGAUGAAAUGAUUUCCUUCAAAGACGAAGGGGAGCAGGAGGAGAAAAUUUCGGAGAACUCCUCGGCAGAAAGGGAUUUAGCAGAUGUCAAAUCUUCUCUUGUAAACGAGUCGGAAACGAAUCAAAACAGUUCGUCGGAUUCUGAGGCGGAAAGACGGCCUCCGCCUAGAUCUGAAACUUUCAGAGACAAAACGAGAGAAAGUUUAGAGGAGGCUGCGAAAAGGCAAGAUGGAGGGCUGUUCAAGAGCCCACCGUACCCGGGCUAUCCAUUUAUAAUGAUCCCCGAUCUCACAAGCCCCUACCUUCCCAAUGGAUCACUUUCUCCAACAGCACGCACAUACCUACAGAUGAAAUGGCCCCUGCUAGAUGUUCAACCAGGAGGUCUUCAAAGUAGACAAGCACUUAAAGAUGCCAGGUCCCCGUCACCGGCACACAUCGUUGGGCCCUUCUGCUUGGAAUUCCCCGGACAGUCAGAUCUGAGCCUUCACCAAUUUCAGUUGUCUAAUAAGGUUCCAGUGGUACAGCACCCUCACCAUGUGCACCCACUCACGCCUCUGAUCACCUACAGCAAUGAGCACUUCACACCGGGGAACCCCCCACCCCACCUACAGACAGACGUGGACCCCAAAACAGGAAUUCCAAGGCCUCCACAUCCUCCAGAUAUAUCUCCUUAUUACCCACUGUCGCCUGGCACUGUUGGCCAGAUCCCCCAUCCGCUGGGAUGGUUAGUACCACAGCAAGGUCAACCUGUUUAUCCAAUCACAACAGGGGGUUUUAGACACCCCUACCCAACUGCGCUCACUGUCAACGCAUCCAUGUCAAGUCUUCUGUCCUCCAGGUUCCCCCCACACAUGGUGCCCCCUCACCACAGUUUGCACACCACGGGCAUCCCCCACCCAGCCAUUGUCACACCCAACGUCAAGCAGGAGUCCUCCCACAGCGACAUCAGCUCCCUCAACAGCUCGAAACAUUCAGACGCUAAAAAGGAGGAGGAGAAGAAGAAACAGCCGCACAUAAAGAAGCCUCUGAACGCCUUCAUGCUCUACAUGAAGGAGAUGCGGGCCAAGGUGGUGGCCGAGUGCACGCUGAAGGAGAGCGCCGCCAUCAACCAGAUCCUGGGGCGGAGGUGGCACGCCCUAUCACGAGAGGAGCAGGCCAAGUACUACGAGCUGGCCAGGAAAGAGCGACAGCUCCACAUGCAGCUGUACCCCGGCUGGUCAGCACGAGACAACUAUGGGAAAAAGAAGAAGAGAAAAAGGGAAAAGCAGCAAGCAGAGGGCAAUGAACACAGAGAAUAUUUUCCAAACCCUUGCCUUUCACUCCCUCCGAUUACAGAUGCAAAUACCCCAAAGAAGUGUCGUGCCUUGUUCGGGCUUGACCAGCUGAGUUUAUGGUGCAAACCAUGCAGGAGAAAAAAAAAGUGCAUUCGCUACAUCCAAGGUGAAGGCAGCUGUGCCAGUCCUCCCUCUUCGGACGGAAGCUUACUAGACUCCCCCCCAUCCUCCCCCUCCUCAGUGGUUCCCUCCCCCUCUUCAAAAGAGUCAAAACCUCAGACUGAACAAAUGCAACCUCUCUCACUGACUAUGAAACCGGCCCACCAGCCACUCCACCACCCGCACCUCCUGGCUGGGCCUCCACCGCCAUCUUUGGUUCAGCUGGAAAACUCUGCUGCAGCUAGCAAAACGCCCGGCACCUCCUCCCACAACGGAGCCCUGGAGCACGGCGACGUCUCGUCCUCGCGGCAGCCGGGCUCCUCUGUGGCGUCCUCAAUGGCCCGGCCUUCAGCAUCGCUGUGUCAUUCCCACUCGCUCCUCCCCUCCACGGCCCCUCAGCCUCUGUCGCUCGUGACCAAGUCUAUAGAAUAGUCUACCCUAUUCUCUCCUCCUUAUCCUCUUUUUCUAGCUCUGCACACACACACCUUUCUAGGCCCUCGAUGAUAUCUCACUUGCAUUCAGUUGUUUCCUGUUUAUGUUCCUGUGCCAUAAGGCUUUGAAAUUUUAGUUUUUGUUUUAUUAAAGUUCAUUGGUCAAUAUUUGACCCAUCAUUAUCAAAAAAUCUAAUUAUUAUAAAGAAAUAAUACAAUGAGCUGUAGUAUAGCUUUGUGAAUCUGCCAAAAUUUUUAUGAAUUUUGUUUUUGUCUUUUUUGUAGUGUUAAAACAGUGCAACAGAAAAAAAAAAAUAUGUAGUUCAACUUCAAAAUGUUUAAAAGACGGAUAUAAAAAGGUAGGCUAGAUUAUUCAAUGAGCCCUUUUCUUGAAAGAGUUGGUUCUCCUUCUUUAUUUGUAUUAAAUACGAGCUUGCGAACCAAUCAUUUGACAUCUGUUCAAACUCUCGGAGGGCAUGAGGCUAGCGGUGACACCUCUCUGAGGAACAACUUUAAUUGUGAUGUUACUUGUUCUUGUUUAAAUGUACAGAAUAAUUGGGGGAGGGGGGGGUUACUGUGUUAAAUAUGCAUCGUUCCAUUGCGUUGUCUUUUUCUUUAUGUUGUUUACCUUCGGGGUGGAGUCAGGCAAGGUGGGUGGGCUUGAGGGGAGGUCGGGGUGGGAGGGUUGUGGGUAUUCAAUUCAAAAUGUCACAACGCUAGGACCAGUAGUAUUUAUUGCUUUAGAGAUUGCUUGUUGUAUCUUGUACGUGUCUCUUUUUGACUAUUUUUUUUUUCUUAAUACAUUGUACAAAUAUUUUUUCUUAAGGUAAGCGACUUAUAUAUGAAUGAUCCAUUUUUACAAGGAGGUUUUAAAAAGGCAAAUCUUUUGUUUGUUGAUGAGUUCAUUUCUUUCCUCGCUGAAAACCUGGAUUCCACUCAGUGUACUGUGUAGAUCUCAUGAACAGAAGUAUGCACAACUUCAUUUCAAGAAAUGCGUCUAUAAGCCAUUUUACAAAAGAAGAAAAGAAAACUUGAAACAAGAGACAGUGGGUACCGUGUCUUCAGUAGUUGGAAAAGUGUCUAAAGCCCUUCUUUUUUAUUGCACAGUCACAUCUCUCAGACUGUAGAUUCGUGUACAGAUUUUCCGUGCCAAAUUUUGUGAUAAUUUUCUCUGCCCCUCUAACCACGCUGUAGGGAUCUUUUUUUUGUUGUUCGUUUUUUUUUUUUUUUUUUUUUUUUUUUAUUUCGAUACCAUUCUUUGCUGUGACGUUACAUAGAUUGCUAUGUAUGUAGUAUAAAUGUUGCUAUAACAAAUGUGUUUGGUAGCAAAUUGUCAAAUAUUAAAAUUUAAACUUAAUAAAAAGACGGACAUCAUACUGUAUAAACCCACAAGGGCCAAAUUAUGUAUAUUAGGAGGUUCAUAAAAAACUAUUAAAUACAAAAAAAUACACAAACUGCCACUUUUAAGUACACUACUACAUAUAGGUAGAUAGAAAAAAUAGGCAUGUUGAUGUUGCAAGAGGCUGUAAAAAAAAAAAGCUACAAGAGAAUCAUCCACUCGGUGCCAUUGUAGUUGACAUGACGCGACUGUAACCUGUCGAUUUCUUCUCUGGUUUAUUAAGAUGCUAAUGAUAAAUAGUUUGAAUGUUUCCUUAACGGCUGUGAUGUUCCUGUUCUAUUUUAUGCUCUUAUCUUUUUUUGUUUGUUUGUUUUUUCCUGUUAUUUUAAAUGGUUCCAAAAAACCAUGUUUUUUUUGUAAUGAAUAAAUGUUUAUGCUGUACAGUCUCUGUAGCAUGCAGUUCUGUAUUAAUAAAAGCAACUUAGUAUGUG